GCCGACGAGUACAUGCGUCUACGUCUCUCGCGUAACGACCGCUACUACGACUCCGGCGCAACUUGCGAUGUUUGGACUGUUUCAGCUUCAGUGAAUUUGUGCUACGAUUUAUAGAACUUUUUUCGAACUAUUCAUUUGUUAAGUGUUGUGAACUAAGUGCAAGAUGCUAGUGGAGGAUUCUCAGAUGUCUCGCGCUCUGAUGUCGAAGAAGUAUGCGCACUGUCCGCUCAAGAAGCGGCCGGUGUUGGUGCGGGAGGAGCGGCCAGCGACACCGCCCACCACGCCGCCGCACCCCGCCCACCUCGCCACGAGACUUUACCAUGAUUAUCAUUAUGAUAAUGAAAACGAUGAACCAGAAAACUUGAGUACAAAACCAGAAGAUUUGUCAAAGACUGGAAAUUACCCAAGCAAAGCCUCAUCACCGGUAGCUGCUACCGCCGUAAAGAUGGAGCCCCGGGAAUGGCCUCAACACCAACUGGACUAUUUGGCGGCUUGCCGCGCCCGCCUUGAGCCAGCGCCGGCUGAGCUCGCCCGCCCUACACCACAAUACGCCUACCUGCCUACACUAUACGCACCGUACCCCAUGGAGGAGUUGUACCCAGCUGCACCAGCUCUAUCGCCCCCUGCGCACCCGCAGCUCUACUCUCACUACUCGCCAGCAUCACCGCCGUCCUCCAUCUCACCUCCACCAUGCCCAGAAGACCUACGAUCCCCUGGGUCUGUCUCCUCAGACUCUGGCGUGUCUGUAUCAGCUCCCCGACGCCCGCGUUAUCAGUGCCCAGAUUGUGCUAAAUCCUAUUCAACCUACUCCGGACUCUCAAAACACCAGCAGUACCACUGUGCCGCGGCUGAAGGCAGUCUAGCAAGAAAAUCAUUCAGCUGCAAAUACUGCGCCAAAGUGUACACGUCUCUGGGUGCGCUUAAAAUGCAUAUCCGCACCCAUACUUUACCCUGCAAAUGCCACUUAUGUGGGAAAGCAUUCUCAAGGCCCUGGCUACUGCAAGGGCACAUCCGCACCCACACUGGAGAGAAACCUUUCUCUUGCCAUCACUGCCGCCGUGCCUUUGCUGACCGCUCCAACUUGAGGGCACAUCUACAAACUCACUCUGAUGUCAAGAAAUACUCUUGCUCCGGCUGUGGCAAAACGUUUUCCCGCAUGUCUCUCCUGAGCAAACAUUUGGAAGGAGGCUGCGGCACUCCUGGGAGCGCCCCGUACGAGUACCGCCCGGAAGGGCUGCCUUCACCGCACGCGCACCCCUCAAUGCCACCCACCACAGUUCAUGCCUAUUAGUAAGACUGAGUUCCGCAGGAUCCACGAUCUCGUUCCCUAGAUGUUAAAUCCACUAACACUCGCUGUUAUCUCUGAAAUUCCUGAUUAUUUAAAACUAUAAAUUAUUGUAAAUGUUCUCAAAAUAAUUUUGUGUGCAUACAAGGUUAAAGACUUAAGUAUUUUAUAGGGACCAAUGUACAUUUAGAUUUCUAAAUUAGUUUAGAAUAAGACUUAGAGUAAGAUAUAUUUUCAGUUGCGACUGCCGCAACUUUGCUAGUCAUGUGGCAUUUGCCAAGUGUCAUACACUUAUUAAAACUUUUAUUUGUAUUUUAAGCCAUGUAUAAAGUGCCUUAAUUAUAAAAAAAUGAUUAAUAUAUUUCUCGAAAAUUAUAACAGUAUGUUGCAAGACGCUAUAAUUAUAAUAUAAUGACAUUAUGAAAAUAGUACCUAUUGAUGAGGCUAUAUGAGCCGAUUGCCGUAUCGCGUUCCUUUCUGUUACCUCUUAUACACGGAAAAUAAAACUCUUUAAAUUAA